AUGCCUCGGUCAACAAAAAUGAACAGAGAUCUUCUGAGCUAUUUCAUCUUAGGAAAUUAUGUUUCAAGUUACAUCUUAUGCGGAGUAUCAGCUUUAACAUCCACCGCUAUAAGCUUAGACAGGCUUCUUGCUCUCUUAUUGGGGCUUAGGUACAGACAAGUUGUUACCCUGAAACGUGUCCGUGUAGUUCUGUUAUGUCUUUGGUCAGUAAGCGUCUUUGGUGGAUCAAUGUAUCUUUGGAGUAUUCGUGUCACCUGGAUUGUAGUUGCUUUUUUUUUCUGAUACUUUGCCUUCUUACUUCUAUUUUCUCUUACAUAAAGAUUUAUAUCAAGUUGCUGGAGCAUCAAGCACGAGUCCGAGACAGCGUCAAUCAUGGGCUGCCCAACGGGGGAGGAAUUCCGCUAAAUGAUAUGACAAGGUACAAGAAGACAGUUUCUAGCAUAUCAUGGGUACAGUUGGCACAGAUUUUUUGCUAUGCUCCUUAUGGGAUUGAAUCUAUAUUAUGGAUACAAGGAGUGACAUCCGAAGGCUCGGUUAGCUGGCUUUCCACAGCAACUUUGGUUUAUUUAAAUUCGUCUCUGAAUCCCAUUCUUUACUGCUGGAAGAUGAGAGAAGUAAGACAAGCAGCAAAGGACACAGUAAAACAAUUGUGUUAUUUCUUGAAUUAA